CCAAUCAAUACUUAUUUACAACAUUGGACAUAAUUUUAAUUACUCAUCUUGCUUUUCCUCUACAAAUCUUGUGUCAUCGAUAUCUAUAUUAAUUGUCAAUGUCAAUGUUUCCAAUUUGUCUGAAUGAAUCGCCAUUUUCUGUAUGGAACAUGAUAAAUAUCAUUGUUACAUAAGGUGACAAAUGGCUCCAAGUAAUCCUUUACAAAAUGGAUUGUUAGUUUUAUUUUUUAAACUCAAUUUUUCUUAUCUAUUCUCAUGAUUAUUACCAACGGAUUUCAAUUAAUUUAUUUUUUCCUUCAUCAACAUCAUCUAAAUCACCAUCGUAAUCAUUACUUGGACCAUAAUCAUCGUAAUUAUUUAAUUUGAAAGUCUAAUUUCUUAUCUAGUGCUUCAACCACCUUUUGAAUGAAAAAAUUUUUCCCCUUUACUCGACGCAAGGGUCCAUCUACGACUCGGAUCCGAAAUGAUGCCAGCCGACACUCAAUUGGCUCUCAUUCAAGUGUUUCCAAUAGAUCAUUAGUGAUUCAAUUGAUUCGAGGUGCUUACAACAUUGACUUAGCCAAGGUUGAUCAAAGUUUCUCUAAGCUGCAUAAAGCAUGCUUUCUCAAUUACGAUAUAAACAAGAUUAAAAAAUAUCUCAAGCAAGGAGCCAACCCUAACCAAUUGGACAAUGCGAGUCGAUCUUCACCUCUCCAUUUAGCCACCGUUAAUGGAAACAUUAAUGCAAUCAGACUUUUAAUUGAGCAUGGUGGGAACAUUGAUUUACCUGAUGGAGACGGUAAAACUCCAGUAAUCAAAGCAAUUGAAUGUUUCCACAAGGAAUGCCUACAAUUUUUAAUACUUCAAGGAUCAGAUGUAAAUAUUUGUGAUAAUCAGCUGGGUAAUACUGCUUUACACUGGUCAAUUAUCAACAAUUUUGCCGAUGGAUUGAAAAUUUUACUCGCAUAUUCACCCCGAUUGGAUAUUAAUAGGAAAAAUAAAGCUGGAGAAUCACCACUUCAUCUUUUGGUUCGAUGUCCAGAUUUACAUAGAUGCGUGAAUGAUCUUUUGGACAAAGGAGCUGAAAUUGACAUACGUAAUAACCAACAACGUACACCUCUUAUGACUGCUUGUGAACAUGGUCAUUUAGAUAUUGCCCGAGCCUUGGUUAACCGAGGAUCUUAUAUUUACCAUCAAGAUGAGGCUGGCUUUUCAGCUCUAGCAAUUGCUAAAAGAAAUGGUCACACCAGUUUGGUCCAAUAUCUUACUGAUCUGGGAGGACUUGAAUCACCAAGACGAACGUUACAGGUUGAAACUGAUCCUAAAAUGGUUGAUGAUUCUUGGCCAUCAACCGAGGAUGAAGAUGAAUUGGAAGAAGAGAUUGCUGCUGCAAAGACACGUAAAUUUGAUCCUAUUAUACAGCAAUUAAAAUCUCUUCAAGGAGCGAAACAGGAUGAUAGAUUGUUACAACCCAGUGGAACAAGUCAACUUGCAAGAGAGACUCAUGUAAAAUCCAGUAUUAGUGGACAAUCAUUAGAAGAGACAAAAUCUUUAGUUGGCCGGGAAUCUAAUCAUGAAAGCAAUUUAAUGGGACCAUUUAAUACCCUUGAAAGUUUUACAAAGGUGCAAAAAGAAGAUUCACUUUUUUCCAGUGAAGAUAAAAGCUAUGAAGAUGAAGCCAUUGAGUCUAGUAAAAAGAUGAAAAGUUCAUCACUUAAAAGCCAGGAUAGUCGAGGAGUUGUCACUGCUGAACCAACCUUAGGUCAUAUUGAUUCAGUUUAUUCUCAUGAGGCUUCCAAUGAUGAAUUCAUCAGAGAAAUAAAGAACCUUUUGGAUGAAGAGAUUAGAGAAAAUGAUGAGUUGGAUGCUUUACUUUUUGCAACCAGUGUUGAUCCUGUUAGCAAUAGUAAGGAUAAUAAUAAAGUUAAUGAUACAAAUGAGAGUGGAACUGAUGUUGACCAUUCAACAACUCAUCAUAACCAAUCAUCAACCAGUAAAUUUGUGCAUAAAUCAGACUCCAUUGAAUCAAGUGCCUUAAAGAAACCAUCAUCCGAUCCUGCCACAUCAGCAUCCAAACCAGUAAACUCAGAAGCAUCAACAUCAACUGUUGAGACAGAAAAGUUAAAAUCAAAAGCUGGCCAGUCAAAAAAUGUAAUCCAUGUUGAUAUUUUGUCUGAUUUAUGGGAAGAUUGGGCGAAAAGUGAUGAAACUGAAGAAGAAUUGUCUCCAGUUAAAGCCUUUAAUGGACUUACCAAGGAUUUCUCUGAUUCCAAAGAAACAGCUCAAAAGAUCUUACCAAAUGAGAAAGAAAUAUUGGGAACAUUUUUUCUCAAUGAUAUUUCUGAUGAAUCAAGUGAAGAAAUUGAACCAGAAGAUGAUAAGGAGGAGGAAAAGAGGAGGAAAAGAGAAAAGAAAGCUAAAGAAGAUGAGCAAGUUAAAAAAGAAAAAUCUACUGAAGCAGGGAGGAAAAAAUCAUUGAUUAAAGAUGAAACCACUUCUUUUUCAAAUGAUGAUCAUCAUGAACCUAUUUCCUCUUCAUUAACACCUAAUGAUAAAGAAGAUUCAGCGAAUCACUCAACAGAUAUGUCAACUAAUUUGAUGGCCAGUCAAUCAAAGGUUAUUUCCCCUCCUUUACCUCCACCUCCACCUUCACUUUCCCCGCCGCCAGCAUACCUGUUACCACCGCCACCACCAUCAUUGCUAUCAACGUCAACAAUUUUACCAUCAACAACAUUACCACCAGCAUUACCGCCAAGGCCUGGUACCAGUUUUAGCAAAGAUUUAUACAGACCCAGAGAGAAACCAAUUGAACGGUCUUCUAUUGAAGUGCAAACUGAAUUGGACGAGGUGAUGCCUCAAUUAAAGGAGUUGCAGCGUCUUAAGGAGGAAAGUGAAAGUAAAUUGAAACAUCUUGAGAUGGAAAUGAAGAAACAAUCUACAGAUUUGGAAAGAGGCAGAAAUAAAUUGAUAAAGGAGAUGAAUUUUAUUGAGGAGGAAAAAAAGAUGCUGGAAAGACGAUUAGAUGAGGUGAUAGAUUCUCGGGACCGAUUGAUUGAAGAAAAGAAAAGGUUAACCGAAAAUGAAGAGAAGCUGAGAAAACAAUUGAAAUCCUUUGAGGAAUGUAAAUGUAACCAAUUGAAAGAGGAGUUGAAAGAGUUUAAAGAGAAGGUAAAAUCUAGAGGGAAUUAUAAUAAUGAUGAAUUUAUUCGAAAGCUUCAUGAUCUGAAUGAUGAAUGUAAUGAUUUGAGGAGAGAAUUAUCUGCAGAGCAAACAGCUCUUCGAGAUGAGAUAAGUCAACUCGAGAAGGAUAAAGAAGUUUUCAAAUUGGAGAAUCAAUGGUUGAAGGAAAAAUUGGAAGAGAUGAGAGACCAGAUGAGGAGACAUUUGUCCAGUCAAGAUGAUGGACAAAAAUCAAACGGAAGGUUUGAAAGAAAACGAAGGAAAACUGUAAAAGGUGAAGAAAAAGAAGGAGAAGAAGAUGAAGAAGAUAAGACUCUUGAAGAGAUGAGGAAAGUGAUGGUGGCCAUUGAAUGUCUACUAACAAAAUUGGAUGACAAAAUAUCGGGAUUAAAUUUGGAGGAACAGAAAAAAUUGAUGGAAAAGAUUAUUAUCGAGAUUGCUAAAAGUCAGAUUAACCAACAAGUUGAAAGCAUGUUUAAAGGCAUCAGAUCUCUUUUGGAGGAUCUUCAUCAAGAAUUGAACUCAUUCCAAUCGACAAUCGAGAAACAAAUGAAUGGUGAAAAUAAGAACCAAUCAGAUGAUAUUCAACUCAGAGAUAGUAAAGACUCUUUAUCAAAUCAACAAUUCCAGUCAAAAGCUGAAGAUGCUUUGGUAGAGGAAAAAUGUCAACCAAAUAAUGAUUCAAAUGGUUUGCCGACAAAUAAAACAACUACCAAUGGGUUUGCUGUUUUUGAAUCAAGAAUCUCACAGUUAACCUCUUCCAUUGAAAAACUGGAAGACAAUAUUGAACGACAAGAGUUGAACAUGUUGAUUCGCGCUCGUGGACAUAUUUGGUCAUCUUUUGAUGAGGAUACUGGACGUUGUGUUCAAGAAAAUUCAUUAUUCAUCAACAUGUUCAAUGGUGCUUCUAGGAAAAUGUCCAACAGCAGACAAAUUUACCCAAAUAGGCCACAAAGUGGUUUCGUUCAAAGUUUAAUGAAAUUACAAUCAACUGGUAAACCAAGUUACAGUAAAUUGGUUAAUCAUCUGCAUGCAAAUUAUGAACCUUCACUAUUAUUUGACUUUGACUAUACUAAAAAUAAUCUAUCGAAACAAAUAGCCAAUUUGAAAAGUGAAUUGGGGUUAACCUGUUGAAAUGAUCAUAAAACCAGUGAAUCAAUUCAAGAGAUAUAUUUAAUUUUUGCUAAUCAAUUUUUUUCAUUAUUUUCAAGUUAAUUUAAGCAUAAGAGUAUAAAUUUGUUAUUUUUGCCUUUAA